CAGAGCUCCACUUUACCCCGAGGCCAAACUUCCAGCUGCUGCAGCGGUCCGAUUGACUUCUGGCCCAGCGCUUGCCCAUCUCCAGAGCGGUUACCCAAGCCGGGUGCCCGCCGAGCUUGGCUUUGGUCGGACCCGUCCGGUUGCGCACGUUCUAGAAGUGCACCCUUGGAAAACACGGGCACCGAGCUUCAGUCUGCAAAGUGCACACCCACCUCCCCAUGCACCUGCCCGGCUGCGCGCCAGCCAUGGCCGACGGGAGCUUCUCUCUCGCUGGCCACCUGCUCCGUAGCCCGGGCGGGAGUACCUCGCGCUUGCACAGCAUCGAGGCCAUCCUGGGCUUUACCAAGGACGACGGGAUCCUAGACCCAUUUCCUGCAGAGAGGGGUUCCAGGGGCGCCAAGGAGCGGGAUCCCAGGCUGAGCGCGCGGCCCGCCUGCCCCAAGGCGCCAGCCGGAGGCUCUGAGUCUUCCCCGCCGCCAGCCCCCGGGCUGGUCCCGGAGUACGAAGCUUCUCGCCCCUGCUACCCCAAGGAACAGCGAGAGGCACGGCCAAGCCCAGGGCUGCCGGUUGGGCCAGCAGCAGGCGACUCGAAGCUUCCAGAGGAGGAACCUCCCAAGAAGAAGCACCGCCGUAACCGCACAACGUUCACCACGUACCAACUGCACGAGCUGGAGCGCGCCUUCGAGAAAUCCCACUACCCGGACGUGUACAGCCGCGAGGAACUGGCCGGCAAGGUUAACCUACCCGAGGUUCGGGUCCAGGUGUGGUUCCAGAACCGACGGGCUAAGUGGAGGCGGCAGGAGAAACUGGAAGUGUCGUCCAUGAAGCUGCAGGACUCGCCCCUCCUCUCCUUCAGCCGCUCCCCGCCUUCCUCUGCUCUGGCCCCGCUGGGGACCGGCCCGGGCAGCGGUAGCGGACCACCGGGGAGCGCCCUGCCGCUGGAGCCGUGGCUCGGGCCGCCGCUGCCGGGGGGAGGCGCCACAGCGCUGCAGAGCCUGCCGGGCUUCGGGCCCCCGGCGCAGGGCCUCCCGGCCAGCUACACGCCACCGCCACCCUUUCUGAACUCGGCGCCCCUGGGCCCGGGUCUGCAGCAGCUCGGGCCGCCGCCCGCGUACCCGUGCGCGCCUGGAUUCGGGGACAAGUUCUCGCUGGAAGAGGCGUACCCUCGCAACAGCAGCAUCGCCGCGCUGCGCCUGAAGGCCAAGGAGCACAUCCAGGCCAUCGGGAAGCCCUGGCAAGCCCUCUAGAGGCGCUGCGGAGCGUGCUGCGAGCCCGGCGCACCCAGCCCGGUGGCCACGCUCUCUUUGCUAGUCCUCCUGCCGCCAGCCAAGUGCCAGCCUUGGGCGGGGACACUCGCGCCUUCUCCAGGCGCUCCAAGAAAGGCCAACGGAACCCCAACCGGGCUACCAGAGAGACGAGUUGCGGGUCCCGCUGAACACACUGCUCCUAGCUGCUCCCAUGAGCAUCAACACCUACCCCCGGGAGGGACCAAGGAUCUUGACCUAGGAUGUUGUCGACGGAAAAGAAAGGGGAGUCAGAAAUAUAGAGUUGAAGAAACUGUUUGUAAACUUAGUUUAAAGUAUU